AUGUUUAUAUCUCAGUAUAAGUAUGCAAAAGGGCUUGUAAGUAAGUUUGGUCUUGAGUCUGCUAAGCAUGCUCGUACUCCCAUGAGCACUACUGUGAAGCUUGCACGAGAUAGUGAUGGCAUAGAUGUUGAUCAGACCACUUAUCGUAGUAUGAUAGGUAGCUUACUGUACCUUACUGCUAGUCGUCCAGAUAUUGCAUUUAGUGUUGGGGUUUGUGCUCGGUAUCAGGCGUCUCCUAAAGAGUCUCAUCUCUCAGUUGUUAAACGUAUCAUUAAAUAUGUGAGUGGAACUCUUAACUAUGGAAUAUGGUUUACCCAUGACACUACUGCUAAUUUGGCUGGUUACACUGAUGCCGAUUGGGCGGGUUGUGCAGAUGAUAGGAAGAGUACUUCUGGUGGAUGUUUCUACAUAGGAAACAAUCUAGUUUCUUGGCUUAGUAAAAAACAGAAUUCUAUUUCCCUAUCUACAGCCGAGGCUGAAUAUAUCGCAGCGAGCAGUGGAUGUACUCAAUUGUUAUGGAUGAAACAGAUGCUUGCUGAUUAUGGUAUUACCCAAGACAUUCGUCACCAUUUCAUUCGAGAUCUUGUCGAGGAUAGAGUAAUUCUCUUAGAAUAUCUGGAUACUGAACAUCAGAAGGCUGAUAUCUUUACUAAACCUCUUGAUCACAUUCGUUUCGAUUAUCUUCGUAAAUCUGUGGGGCUACAUUGUGUCUUGUAUUCUUCUCUCAAGAUUGACCUUUCAGCAUUUUGGAUACUCUGUGGGAGUUGA